GUUUUUGUUUGGUUGUUGUGGUAGUCAUAUUUUCAGUUUUGGCAUCACUUUAUCAGUUUAUCUAGUGCUACUGUUUUCAUAGACUUUGUGGUAUCCUUGUGUAUUAUUUUUGUUUCCAUGGUCUAGUGCUUGUAAUUUUUGUUUGUUUGUUUGGCAGCAAUUUGUCUAGUCUUCGUAAUUUUUAUUUUAGAUGCAUUACUUAUAGUUAUAUACUGUGUUAGCUUUUUUAUUUGAAUCCUUUUCUUUUUAUUUCUUGAAGCAUCCAAACUAAGUUUGAAAUUUUGGCCUGGAACAAUUUUGAAAGAGUGAAGAAAUUUUUGGUGGCUGUGUAUGUUUAUGUGUUUUUGAUUUCGAGCUUUCAAAUAUUGAGAUAUAUUUUGAAAUGGAUACACAACUGCUCGGUACUAUAUAUAGCUAUUGAAGUUUCGAGAAGUAUGAGUCAAGGUUAGCACUACUACAAAGCUUUAAGACGAUGUAAAUAGUAAUAUAGGAAUUCCGUCAGAAGUUAAGGUUUCCAGUUUUUAAGGUGAUGCUAAUCUGCAUAUAAUCUUGCAAUUUUUACAACUUCAUUAGUAUUCCCUGCUUCCAUUUUAAUUUAGGUUGAUAAGGUGGUCUGGGUUGGAGCUUUUUCACUGUUUUGUUUGUUUGGACUUUGGAAAUUGAUAUUGACUCUUACUUUACGCAAUUGUCUUGAAACUCUUACUAUAAUUUUAUAAAUGUAUAUCACUUCUCUUGAUAUUGACAAGGAUUCUUUUUUUGAGAUCUCUAGAUGAUUAAUUUCUUUGAAGUUGUAAGUUAUGAAACAGGGUUUUGGUUAGAUUGCUCUAUGGUCUCUUACCGCUGGAUCUCACCGGGAAAAUGCAGGUAUAUCAAUAGGGUUUGAUCUUGGAAUUUCAAGAUGCUGGCCAAUUUUGUUCAUAGAAUGAAUGGACCAACACCUUUUUGAGUGUAGAGUGUAGUACUCUUGCUGCCUGCCAGGGAAUUCGACUGAAGUUUCAGGCGCAUCUGACAUUGUUUCAUCAAACUUGUUGCAGGUAAUCCUGUUGAAUGAGCAUACUGAAGUCCGCACUAUUAGAUUAGGACUUCAGUUGCCUGAGCCUUGCAUCGACAUGGAGAUUAUUUCUUCAACCUUUAGCGAGCAAAGCAAACAUAAACAAGAGUGCUUUCUUGUGCUUGGUAAUUCAGGACAUAUUUAUGCCUAUGAUGAUUGCUCAAUUGAAAAGUAUCUUCUAUAGAGCCAAUCUAAGUCACCAGCCUCGUUGCCGAAGGGUAGUGUGUGUUGUUUCGAAUUUCAGCAGUUUCUUUCAAGGAAGUACAAAGAAAGGAAACGAUAUUGUUCAAAGCGUUAGACUAAUGAAGGUUGAUGGUUCUGUACUUUCUCUGAACAUAAAUCACAGCUCAAGACAUCUUGCUGUGGGAUCUAGUAAAGGACAUGUUUCAGUUAUUGAUAUAGAAGGGCCCACUCUAUUAUAUAAAAUCCACAUUGCAAGUGAAAUUUCUACCCGCAUCAUCUCUCUGCAGUUUGAAACCUGCAGUUUUCAUGGUUUCGACAAGAAUGUCUUAGCUGUUGCAACAGAGGACUCAUCUGUUUUGGCUCUUGAUAGUGAUAAUGGAAACACAUUGAGCACUAGUCUGGUUCAUCCCAAGAAACCCACUAGAGCACUUUUAAUGCAGAUCUUGGACUCCAGCAAAGGGAGUAGUGUUGAGGAUGCCAAAAGACCUGUCUUUGCUACUGCUAUGUUCCGAAAAAGCAGCAUACAUAUAUUCCUUCACACAUGUCAUGCAGGGAGUUAAGAAGGUAAUAUACAAGAAGAAAUUUCAAUCAUCUUGUUGCUGGGCAUCGACAUUCUACACCUCUGAUGUUGGCCUUAUACUCGUUUUUACAACUAGAAAAAUUGAGAUAAGGUCCAACCAUGACUUAUCUUUGAUAAAGGAGACUUCAAUAAGGGCCUUCACAUUUUCCACGUCAAAACUAAAUUCACAUGCUGGCAAUUCGAUAUGCUCUUCAUCCGAAGGAGAACUUGUUAUGGUGAACAGUGAUCAGGAAAUCUUUCUCUUCUCUCUCAUUUUCCAGAAGCAAAGCUUUAGGCUUUUAGACUCUUUCAACUUGACGUACCAGAAAGAUCUGAUGGUUUCACAAGAAGAGCUUACAUCAGGACGCAUCAUUCAAAAGGAAAAGAAAAAGGGUAUGUUUAGUUCUGUUCUUAAAGAUAUUGUGGGAAGUAAAGGGAAGAAUGUCCCUGAGAUGGAAAAUGAAGAUACUAAAGAAAGUAUUGAAGAACUUUCAAAAAUCUUUUCGACUGCUAAUUUCCAAUUUGAUGCUGAGAACACAGACAACCAGGCCAUGGGUGUAGAUGAUCAGUUAGAUAUAGGUAUUGUAAACAUAAAAGUUUUCUUGCAACCAGGCCAUGGGUGAGAACAAUUGGUGUAAGUUCACUUGCAAGCA